CAGCCUUCCAGCUAGACUAACAAAAAACCAGAACCAAGCACAGAAACAUGAAGUUCUUCAUUGCCAGCUUCCUGAUCGCCGCCUGCGUGGCCCUCGCCCAGAGCAGUGUGAUCUACUCCUCCCCGGUGGCCUCCAUUCCAGUGGUGCGCACAGUGCCCGUGGUCCGCAGUGUUCCCGUGGUCCGUCAUGUCCCUGUGGUGCGCAACGUGCCAGUGGUGCGUCAUGUGCCCGUUGUUGACUCCGUGCCAGUGGUGAACUCCGUGGUUCGCGUUGGCCAUGCCGCCGUCUACGAUGCUCCUCUGAUCCAAUCCUACGGCGGCUGGUUGAAGCAGAAGUAGAUGAUGACAAGGAUUUUUGAUGUGAAAAACAAACUCUGAAUAAAACGAACAAAUAUCUAUUAUAAAGUUGAUGAUUUACUUAAAUUAAUAAUAAUAAACAUUACUUAACUUGUUA